CAAGUUGCCCGAAGAGCAGCUCUCGUGGGCGUUGCCCCGAUGGCGUGCGCGCUCUCCAUCGAUUCUGCCGUUAGAAUGAGGGUGCUCGCGGUCCUGGGCGUGGCGCUGCUGGUGGCCUGCUCACACCGCCUCUUCCCCUUCAUCCGGACCGGCCAGGACCUCCUCUGGGGGAAGGGCCGAGACUCUGCUGUGACCCGCGCUGUGGAAGAGAGCAGGCGCAUGGUGGACGAGGCCAUCUACCACACCAUGAAAAGAGACCUCAGCGAACGGGACAGCCCUUCUCCAUCACAGCUGCUGUCUUUUUCCAAGCUCCCCGAGCCAACCAGCCGCGCCGUCUCCCGAGCGGCUGAGAUCAUGGAAGCUUCCGUGCAGGCCGUGAAGACAAGAGUCUACGGGAAGCUCGGGCGAUCUCAGCCUCCCACCGAUGUCCUACCAGAAGAUGUGCUGAGCACCAUCGCGAACCUGUCCGGAUGCCUGCCUCACAUGCUGCCCCCCACGUGUCCAGACACCUGCCUGGCAAACAAGUACAGGCUCAUCACGGGCGCCUGCACCAACAGAGACCAUCCCAGGUGGGGAGCCUCCAACACAGCCCUGGCCAGGUGGCUGCCCCCCACCUAUGAAGACGGCAUCAGCGAGGCCAGGGGGUGGAACCCCCACGUCCUGUACAACGGCUUUCCACUGCCCCCCGUCCGGGAGGUGACAAGGCAAGUUAUUCAAGUUUCCAACGAGGCCGUCACGGAAGAUGACCAAUAUUCUGAUCUCCUGAUGGUGUGGGGCCAAUAUAUUGAUCACGACAUCGCAUUCACCCCUCAGAGCACCAGGAAAGUUGCAUCUGAGGGAGAAGCUGACUGCCAGUUGACCUGCAAAAACCAAGACCCAUGUUUUCCCAUACAGCUACCCACCAACCCCUCGGGGACUUCAGGCCGGUCCUGUUUGCCAUUUUACCGCUCCUCCGCGGCCUGUGGCACCGGUAUCCAAGGCGCCUUCUUUGGCAACCUGACCUCGGCGAACCCGCGACAGCAGAUUAACGGGCUGACCUCUUUCCUGGACGCGUCCACCGUGUACGGCAGCUCCCCGGCCUUGGAGAAGCAGCUGCGCAACUGGACCAGUGCGGAGGGGCUGCUCCGGGUCAACACGCGCCACUGGGACGCCGGCCGCGCCUACCUGCCCUUCGCGCGGCCGCCUGGGCCCACGGGCUGUGCGCCCGAGCCCGGGACCCGCGGGACGGCCCAGGCGCCUUGCUUCCUGGCCGGGGACGGCCGUGCCAGCGAGGUCCCCGCCCUGACGGCCCUGCACACACUGUGGCUGCGGGAGCACAACCGCCUGGCCGUGGCGCUCAAGGCCCUCAACGCGCACUGGAGCGCGAACACCGCCUACCAGGAGGCGCGCAAGGUGGUGGGCGCCUUGCACCAGAUCAUCACCAUGCGAGACUACAUCCCCAAAGUCCUGGGCCCCGAGGCCUUCCAGCAGCACGUGGGCCCCUAUGAGGGCUAUGACCCCACCGUGGACCCCACCGUGUCCAACGUGUUUUCCACGGCCGCCUUCCGCUUCGGCCACGCCACGGUGCACCCGCUGGUGCGGCGGCUGGACGCCAGCUUCCGGGAGCACCCCGCGCUCCCCCCGCUGCGGCUGCAGGACGCCUUCUUCAGCCCCUGGAGGGUCCUCAAGGAAGGUGGUUUGGACCCCCUCGUGAGGGGCCUUCUCUCGAGACCAGCCAAGCUGCAGGUACAGGACCAGCUGAUGAACGAGGAGCUGACAGAGAGGCUGUUCGUGCUGGGGAGCUCGGGCAUGCUGGACCUGGCGUCCAUCAACCUGCAGCGGGGCCGGGACCACGGCCUGCCAGGCUACAACGCGUGGAGGCGGUUCUGCGGCCUGCCCGCACUGGAGACCCGCGCCCACCUGCGCACGGCCACUGCCAAUGCCAGCAUCGCGGGCCGGAUGAUGGACCUGUAUGGUCACCCGGACAACAUCGACGUCUGGCUGGGCGGCUUGGCGGAGACCUUCCUCCCCCGGGCGCGCACGGGGCCGCUGUUCGCCUGCCUCAUCGGGAGACAGAUGAAGGCCCUGAGGGACGGAGACCGGUUCUGGUGGGAGAGCAGCGGGGUGUUCACGGAGGCCCAGCGGCACCAGCUGGCCAGGCAUUCCCUGUCCCGGGUCAUCUGUGACAACACGGGUCUCCCCAGCGUGCCCCCUGACGCCUUCCUGGUCGGAAGAUUCCCGAGGGACUUUGAGUCAUGCGAGAACAUUCCAGGCCUGAACCUGGAUGCGUGGAGGGAGGUCCUUCCUCAAGGUGACGCGUGUGGUCUCCAGGGCGGAGUGGACAAUGGGGACUGGGCGCUGUGCGGCGAGCCCGGGCAGCGCGUGCUGGUGUUUUCCUGCCACCACGGGUUUCGGCUGCAUGGCCCGGAGCAGGUGGCCUGCUCCCCCCGGGGCGGGCGCUUCCAGCCCCCCGUGUGCAGAGAUGUGAACGAGUGUGAAGACGUGGCACAGCCCCCCUGCCACCCGUCGGCCCGGUGCCGGAACACCAAGGGCAGCUUCCGGUGUGAGUGCACAGACCCGUACGUGCUGGGGGACGACGGAACAACGUGUGUAGACUCCGGGAGGCUCCCCAAGGCGUCCUGGGUCUCCGUGGCGCUGGGUGCCCUGCUCGUCGGCGGCCUGGCAGGCCUCACCUGGACGGUGGUUUGCAGGUGGACACACGCGGGCCGCAAAUCCUCACUGCCCAUCGUGCAGACAGGAGGAGCCUGCCCGCCGGGUCCUGGAACAUCCCCGGAAACGGGGGCGCAGCCUGGUGCCUGCACUCGGGGCGCGGGGCAGACUCGCUGUGUCAGCGACGGCGUGGCCCUUGCAGAGUGGGGCUCCCCCGACGGGAGGGACCCCGGCCUGGCACAGGCGACCCCGGGCCAGUCCUCAGCACGGAGCUCCGGCCUUGGCCUGAAACCAGGUCAGGGCCCAAAUGUGAAGCCGAUGAGUUUGAAAGCGUCAGACCCUGUCCAGACGGCUGCGGGCGCAAAGGGGCUGCGGGAGCACCAGACCCGCUCGGCCUCUGUGGGCAAACCAGCCAGGGACAGCGGCCCAGCUCACGAGGACCCUGUGGCCCCACCUGUGUGCCUCAAUGUGCCCCCCUGA